GGCGUAGUUAGUCAUAUUAAAAUUAGUUAUAAAACGUAGAAGCCAAAGUAUAAAUAUAAGUAUUAAGUAAACACAAUGAGCGCUUUAUUGCGCUGGUGCAGCUUGCAUAAAAAUAAGAACAACAAUAAUAAUGAGACUGAGAUAGAUAUAUGCGCCAUAUGCCAGGGCCCCAAGACCGAUCCCGUCAAGCUGAGAUGCGUUCACACGUUCUGCAAGCUCUGCAUGAAUCAAUAUCGUCGAUAUUGUGUGGAGCUCACCUGUCCGCUCUGCCGUUGCAGAGUGCAUAGCCGCUAUAGCCCCAUUUCUUGGUGUAAGAUGAGCUUUUGGCUAUUUGUGCUGUGUGCCAUUGGCUUGGUACUGGGCUAUGUGCUUAUGAGGGAGACAACGGCGGAGCAGCAGCCGCUCGAUCUUGAAGAACUCUUGUAAAUUGCCGGGCAACAAACAUUUCUCUCUUUUGCACUACUUCAAUAAAAAAUCAUAUUUCACU